GUCAGGCCGGCCCAGGCCUUUGGUCACCGCCCCUUCCUCUAGCUGCCGCUUUUCAAAAUCCGCUACAAGCGAAGCGAGCCGGAGAGGGAGAAACACAGAGCCGAGGACACAAAGCGGUGGCCACACUCUCGGAUGCAGUUUGGACAUAAAAACUCUCCAACAAGACCCACUAAACCGACUGCAUCUUCAAGCUAACGCUUCAUAAGUCUUACAGAAAAGGAAAAGUCACCGUUAACGUCACCUGCGAGGGAACGGCGACACCAACGUCACUACGCCAGAAAUGUUGUAAAAGUUUAUUUUAAACCCGCGUUUAGUUGGGAAAGGAGCCAAUUAUCGUCCACAUUCUGAGACUUUGGGUAGGGUGCUUUCCUGUGGGAUGGGUGACACCCAAGAGCAGGACCAGUACGAGGAACGCCUAAAAGAAGUUUUUAACAGUUUUGAUGCCAGCGGCUCCGGCUCACUGUGCCCGGAGGAACUCUCUGACCUCUGCCAGUCCCUGCACCUGGAUGACGCCACACCAGCUCUUCUCCACAUACUGCUGCAGAGCCAGGACCGCCUCACUGCCAGGGUUGACUUUGACCAAUUCAAAAAUGCACUUAUUCUGGUAUUGUCGUCAACUCUUGAGCCACCACAAGCAGAACCGGAGACCUUGUCCAAACCAGACUCCCCUGAGAUCCAACCAAAGUUUGUGAAGGGCAGUAAACGUUACGGCCGCCGCUCCACGCCAGAGUUCGUAGAGCCCAUGUCUGACUUCUGUGAAGUUACAAAUGAAAACCCGGUGGAGGUGGAGGAGGAUCUAGAAGACAACUAUGACUCGGCUGUUCCCCGGAAGCGUGAGCGUUGGAAUGCUAAUGAAUCAAGCACAGAGGAAUAUGAGGCAGAAGGCCAGAUGCAUCUCUGGAACCCCGAUGAGCCGAGCACACCUCGGAAAGCCAUCUUUCCGCUGUCCACCUGUUUAGAAGAGAGACUGCGUGAAGCCUGUGACGAGCUGGAGAUAUCAUGGGACGGAUGUGCCGGUCACACCCAACUGCUCGCGCUAUGUGAACACUUGGGCCUGGAGAUAAAUUUGGAUGUGCUCCAGAGUCUAACUGGUGAUGGAGUGAUGAAUGUUCAGGAGUUUGUUUCCAGGGUUGUGAACCACAACAAACCCCCCACACCGUCUGCCUCCACACCCUACAGACAGCUUAAACGACACCACUCCACUCAGCCCUUUGAUGAUGGAGGGCGUAGGAUAGCCACUACUUUUGCUCUGACCAGCACCAUUGGCAUGCGUCUCUUCUCCACCCUUGAUGACGGCACCGGUUUCACUCCAGUCGAAUGCAUCCUGGAUGCCUGGCUGGAAGAGGGGAUAGAAAACAGCUUGGAGAUCCUGCAGGCUUUGAAUUUCAGCCUAGAUGGAAAACUGAGUCUUGGGGAUCUCACCAUGGCGCUUGAGAAUGAGCUACUCGUUACUAAGAACGGGAUUCACCAAGCGGCACUGGCCAGCUUCAAAGCUGAGAUCAGAUAUCUUCUAGAGCGUGUAGACCGAGAACUCAGGGAGAAAGAGAAACUCCAAUCUGACUUGGAAAAAGCUGAGAAACUGAAAACUCAGCUUGCCACUGAAGUGGAUGAGCGUCACUCUGCCAUUGAGCACAUGAACAACCUUAGUCUCAGGAAGCUUGAACAGGACCACAAAGAGAAGCUAGCAGCGGUACGAUCAGAGCUGACCAAGGAGAUGGACCAGAUCCAGCAACAGGCCAGCCUGCAGCGCAAGGAACUGGAGUCAGAGGUUGAGAAGAUCAGGGAGGAUGAAUCCUUUCUCAGAGACCACCUUUCCAUCUCUGUGAAGGAAAACAGACGCCUUGAAAUGGAGUUGCUGGACAUCACCGAAAAACUAGUGGAGACUCAAAGCCAAAAUGCAAAACUCCAGACAAGUUUAGACAACGUUAUGAAAGAAAAGUUUGGAGACUUGGACCCUGGCAGUGCAGACUUCUUACUACAAGAGGAACGUAUUAAAGAACUACGCAGCAGCUACGAAGCUCAGUGCAGGGAGCUGCAGGAUCGUAUUGACGAGAUGCAGUCAGAGUUGCGUGAGUUCCACGGUCUCGGACGAGUUCAUCAGCCCUGCCAGAAACCUCUCUCUGAAGAGCUGGAGAGUAAAAGCCCCGGCAUGGAGUCUGAUCCAGGUAUUGGUUGCGAGGAGGUUCAGCCCUUCAGCAUGAGCCUCGAGGCAGAGAUGAUGUUGGAGCAGCUGAAAGAGCAACACCUCCAGGAAAUGGAGGAUUUGCAAAACCAGCUGGAAAGCAAGAUCAGUGAAUUUGAAAAGAUGAUAGGAGAGCAGAGGGCAACCCAUGAGGAACAGCUGGCUGCCUUAGCCCUCCAGUACCAGCAGGAGGUCGAGGCGUUGAGGGGGGAGAUGGUCGGCAUUCAGAGUCGGGGACAGGAGCUCCAGAACCAGCUAGAGCAGGCAGAGCUGGAAAGGACUAGUCUGGAGCAGAAGCAGGCCCAGGAGAGGGAAGAGCUGGAGAAUCGGCAGGAGGAGGAAGUGGGAGCUCUCAGACAGAAACUGCUGGAGGCCCACACCUGCACUGCAGACCUGGAGGAGCAGCUGAAGACUCUGGAAGCCCUGCAGACGGAGACGGAUGGACAUCUCGUAGAUGAGAUGGACGCGCUGAGGAAACAACACGCCGGUGAGAUUAAGAAACUGGGGGACGAGCACGCAGAGCUUUCUGAAGCCAGGCUGGAAGAGGAGCGAAAGAAACUGAGGGAAGAGCAGGCUGAGUUGGAGAAGAGAUUGUUAGAUAGUUGGGAACGGGAGAAAGAGUUGUUGCAGCAAAGCCAUGAGGCCGAACUGAAGGCCAGACUAGAAGAGGCGAAGGCGAGGUUUGAGGAAGAGCGCGACGAGAUUGUGCAGAGGCUGACAGAGCAGUGGCAGGAAGAGAGGGCUCAGCUGGAUGAGCAGAAUAAUGAGACUCUGCAUGUGGCGCUGGAGGAAGAGAUAUCCAGACUUGCCAGGGAACAAGAAGAGAAGGAGGGCGAGCUCCGGGAGCAGUGGGAGAGCGAACGAGGCCAGCUUCAGGUGCGUCAGGAGCAGGCUCUGCUCGAUAGAAUACUGCAGGAACGGUUGCAGAUGCAGGAGAAGUUUGAGCAGAGGGAGAUGAAGCUGAAGGAGGAGUGGGAGAGGGAGAGACUGCAACUUGAGGAGGAUUAUGAAGGGAUGCUCCAAGACAGGCUGAAUGAAGAGAAGGAGCAGCGUGAGACUGAGAAAGAGGAAGAGGAGAAGAGAGUGAAACGUUUAAUGGCAGAGGAGAGGGAUCGUCUAGAGGAGAACCACUGCGAGGCCAUGAAGGAUCUGACCGACAAGCACACCAGAGAGAGGGACGCUCUCAGCAGCAUGUUGGACAAACUACGGGAGGACAUCGCUCAUGAGAGGAGGGAAACCGAGAUGAGCUUCACCCAGAGAAUCAAGGAAGUGGAAAGUCGUUUCUCAGGUGAUCAGGAAUCUGUCGCGCAGCGUUUACAGACUAACGUUUUGAAACUGGAACAGCACUACCAAAUUAAGCUAAAGGCUCUUUCUGAAAGGCUCGGCGAGCAGGAGCUCAGCUGGGAGGCACAGAUGCAGGAGGCCCUUGCGAACGCUGAGGAUCAAAGAAGAAUGAUGGAGGAGGCCAAGGAGCAAGAAAUGGAGAGCCUGGAUCAAGAGUGGACAAAACGGCAACAUGAGCUAGAAAGUCUUCAUCAAGAGGAAAUGGAAGAGCUAGUGCUGAAAAACCAGCGACUGCAAAACGAGCUGGACGACUUCAUCAGCGUGGCUCAGACUAAAGAGCUAGCGCUGAGUAAGCAGCUGAAUGACCUCCAUAACCGGCUCCAAGGGAGCCUGGACACCAAAGACGAGCUUCUCGCUCAGUCUGAGAAGAAAGCGCUCGAGACUGAGCUCCUGCUAAAUCAAAUGGUGGCCGAUUUUAAACAGGAGAGGGAAGAGCUUCUGUGCAACAAUUCAGAACUUGAGGCAAAAUACACAGAGAUGCUUUCCAUCUCUGAGAGGCAGAUUACUGAGAGGAUUGAACUGUUAACUGAGCGGGAUGAUUUCAAGAUGAAGAUCGAGGAGCUGGAGACGCUGCUUAGACAGGCAGCAGUGGACUUUGAGUUUGAGAGAAGGGAGCUACAGGAACAUACAUCCAUCCUUGUGGAAACGUUGGAAGAUAAUCAAGAGAAUGACCGAGAAGAGCUUAUAGCCGAAAGAGAUGCGCUUAAAAUCCGAAUGGAAGCGUUAGAGAUGGAAUUGAGAAGUGUUUUGUCUUUUGUCGAAAAGGCUAAGGAAGAAGAAAUUAAAGAAUUGAAUGAUAAAAACACUUCAAUGGAGGAAGGAUCCACAUUUUUCUCUGAAGAACAGGAAACAUGUUUGACACCACCGAAAAGCUCUCUCAAUAAUGCUGUUCUUGGCUAUUCCUCUAAUCAGGAAGUGUAUAGUUUGUCACCAUUUCUGGUUGAACAAGGCUUUGAUGUAGAGACUUUGACGGCGGCCCCUGAUGCAGUGGAUGGAGGUCCUGAUAAUAUCAAAAAUAUUGAUAAAGAGUAUGAUGAAAACAUGCAUGCUACUAGUGAGGCUCAAGGAGACAACACAGCAGAAUUCAAUGAAGUUUUUGCUGUUCCAGUAGAUUACCAAAUUGGAGAUUCAAGCCCUGAGAAAGGUGAGGGAGACCCACAUGUAGGCUGUUGUUCUGUAGAAAUUGGACAUGAACACCCUGGAGUGAUGUCCUGUGACGUCCGCUACCCAGAUUCCCCAGUUCCAUAUACAGAUAAUUCAUCUGUCAAUUGCAACAACAAAGCUGUUUUCCCAGAGAUGCGGUGUGAGGUGGCCUCAUCCCCUGAGGCUUCAGAAGGUGGAGAUGCUGAGGAAGUUGCAACAGAUUGUGAGACUAAAGUAGCUCCUGAAUCAUGUGAGAAGGAGAGCAAACCUCAAGAUGUACAAACUUUGCAAAAUGAAAGCACUUACCAUGAAGAUGUGCCAUGUCAUGAGACUGUGGUUUAUCCAUCAGUGCUGGCGGACACAGGUGACCCAGAUGAACGGCCUCUGGUGGAUGCUGAGGUUGGGUGUUUACAAAAUAACUCUCACGACCGUAUACAGGAAGUUGAACUUGUUUCCGACUCAGACUCUGAACAGUUAACCGACGAAAUGAAAGAUGUAUGCACAUGUGAUUGUCUGGAAAGUCUGGAUGAAGAUGCUGAUUGGGGAUGUUCUCCUCCUAAACUCCAGGCUUUGUAUUACACUGCCACGGAAGAGAACAUCCUCCUACAUGAGAAGAUUUCUCUGCUUCAGCAGAAGACAGAAAUACUAGAGAAUCUUCUGGCUCAUAACACUGAAAAGCUCAAAACUGGCAACCAGAUAUUGGAGGAAAACCAUAGCCUCAAAGUCAAAGUGCUACUUUUAAUGGAGCAUGUCAAAGAGCUGGAGGUAAAGGCCUUAAAGAUGACAGCUGUUCAGAUUAGAUAUGAAGAUUGCAUGUGUGAAAACAAUAAACUGAAGGAGCAAAAUAGUGAACUUGAGAAGAGAGUUUGGAGCCUUGAAAGCAGGAUGAAUAUUUUCUAUGAUUUCCAAGAUCGGCAGAUUACGCUGGUGGAUGAGAUCAGCAGGAUUAGAGGGGAGAACCGUAAACUCUCUGAGUUGUUCAGUGAAUUGGAGAGGGAGGGUGAGAUUCUUUCAGCCCUACACCCAGACGCCGAACAGUCGGAGAGCCCCACAGAGGAGUCUCUCCUGGAUAAAGUUCCGGCUUUCGCUGAUUUAAAGGGCAGCUGCGAGGAGUUUGAGAAGCAGAACACCAAACUGCGCAGAGCCAUCACAGAGCUACAGGACGAAUCCCAUUCAUUAAAUGAAACAACUCUGUCGCAUAGAUCUGAGGCCAGUCGUCUCGCUGAAGAAAACGUCAUCCUCAAGCAAAAGAUUGCUGCAUUGAAGGAAGAGGACGUGAAAGAGGUCCAGGAAGAGUUAAUACAAACACUGGAGCACUUAAAAAAAGGGAAGAUUGCGGCUCAAAAGGCAGCGGAAAGUUUCAAGAAGCAGAUUUCAGAGCUACGUUUGCAGAGCCAACAAUUCGAGGAUAAGAAUGUGACGCUGUCAGAGAAAAAUGCCCAAAAUAUUUCUGAUAUGGAGAAUCUACGACAGCAGCUGGCAGAGCUGAUGAAGGAGAACGAGAGGAGGGAGGUGUACACCGCUGAAGAGAAAAACAAGCUGGCAGCUUGUGUGUCUUCUCUGGAGGCAGAGCUGACCAAAGCUCUGGAGGACACUGUACAGCUGGAGCAGAGGAAUACCCAGCUGUCACUGCAGCUCGCUGGCCUCAGAGAGAAGGCAGUCAAAGUGGACUCUAUGGAGAGCCAGCUCAGCCACCUGAUGGAAGAGGGGGUGAGCACGGAUAAGAAGACUCAGGGCCUCUGCAACCAGCUAGCCAGAUCUCAAGAGAGAAUCAAGAUGAUGGAUGAUACUCUUCAGGCGUUGAACCAUCAAAGUGUUCGUCUUAAGUCAGACCUCCAUGUUUUGCAGCAGGAGGGGGAUUCCCUCAAACUUGAAGUUUCAGUGCUACACAAACAGCUGCAAAAUGUCAACGAUAAAAACCACAUUUUAGAGAUGGCGUUGCACUCGAGCGGUCUCCAGAGUCAGAGCAAGAAGCUGUAUAGGGAUAAGAUGUCUCGGCUGGUGGACCAGGAGCAGCAGCUCCUGAGGCAGGAAAACGAGAGGCUUCAGGCUGAAGUGCGCAACGCCAAAGGAGACCUCAUGCAGUCCAGAGAAAAGGUCCGUCAGCUCGAUGCGACCAUGCUGUCCCUGAAGCAGCACAAACCACAGAGUCAGUCCGCCCUGGUGAAGGCCUUGGAACAGGAGAACGCCUCUCUGAAGCAGGAGCUCGAGGCGCAAAAGGAGCUCACCAAGGGACGCGAAGCAGGACAAGGACACGCAGAACUGGAGGGCCUUCAACAUGAAAAUGAGGCACUCAGGGCCCAAAUGGCUCGACUGUCUACACAGCUGCUAGAGACAUUUCAGGUUCAAUUGGUCGGACUUCUGCCUCCAUCACCUCACAGGAUGCCCAGGGGACAGCAUCGUGGUGAAGAUCCGGACAACAUGCAGGAUGAAAGGGAGAGGAAGAUGAAGAACAUGGCAGAGCGUAUGAGGGAAAUUGAACUGUCUCUGCAUAACGUCAAACUGCUGCUCAAAGAGAAGGUUGUUCAGCUGAAAGACCAGCUGCACAAGAACAGCAAAGCAGACGUGUUGAUCAGUGACCUGUAUGAGGAGAACACGCAGCUGAUGAAAGCUCUGGAGAGAACUGAGCAGCGGCAGAAAAUGGCAGAGAAGAAGAACUACCUACUGGAAGAGAAGAUCUCCAGCCUGAACAAGAUUGUGCGGGACCUAAACCCCUCGCCUCUUCCUCCACUACCAUACCAUUAUAAAUAUACAUAAUGCAUCACCAAAAACACCUAAAGAUACUCGGGACAUUAAAAUCACUUGCCAUGCCAAAUGCAAGUGUCCAAAGUCACACAAAGUGCACUGUUUAUGUACUCAAAAGUCUUUUAACCAAUACUUGUCAUUGCUUCAACCAUUGUACAAUCAAUGCAACUAAAUGCACAAGAAAACACAUUUCUGUUUAAUGUCCUCUAGCAUGUUUUGGCUUGUUAAAGCCUAAAAUGUUACUGUUUAAAUAUGUGGUAUAUUUCUUUGGUCAUUUUGUUAAGCUUAUGUUGCGUUGGACCUAUGAAGAACCCAGUGUUUGGUUAGAUCUAAAAGAAAACAAGGUAUUUUUCAGUAAUUUAUAAUUUUUUGAAUUUUUUUUAAAGCAGUACCUGUUAUUAGUAACUGAGUAAAUAUUUUACCAUGAUACUAUAUUUCUCUUUUGAGAAAGAGAAAAGCAAUACUGAAGUGCACUUUUUAUAUAAGUGUUCUUUUGUCUGUUGUCAAAGAGAUGAAUUGUGUUAAUCUGUCUUCCCUUCUCAAGUCCUUAUGUAAAGAAGAAACCAACCUGGCAGUGGUGUAAUCAUGGAAACAGAACAGUCAAAUAACCCACUGACCUUCCUAAAGUGUUUGCUUUCAUGUUACACCUGAAGUUACAUAAGUGAAUGUCAAGUGGAAAUGCUUGCUAUUGAAAUGCAUUUGAUUGAAAUCAAAAAAUUAUAUUGCAAAACAAUAUAUAAAAUGUAAAAUGUAAAGCUGUGCCAUUAUGAAGUUUUUAGAUUUUAAUGAAGGACCUUGUCUUUAUAAUGAAGCUUAAGCACUAAAGCUGCAAACAGGGUAUAAAUGAGAUAUAUGGAUGAUG